AUGGCUCAAAUUUCGAAUAGUAAUAAAAAACAGAAGUUAGAAAAUCAAAUGACAACAAUAAAUUCAAACAAAUAUUAUCUUGAAGACUUAGCUAAUGAAAUUCUCUAUGAAAUAUUUAAAUAUCUUGAUGUAUAUGAUAUUUACAAAGGAUUUUACAAUCUUAAUAAUCGAUUUCAAAAUUUAGCUAUUAAUUCGAAUGUUUUAACUAAAAUCAAUAUUUCAACAAUAUCAAAAAGAAAUUUCGAAGAUUAUUAUCAUAAUAUAGUUAUACCAAAUCAAAGUCAAAUUAAUUUUCUUCGUUUAUCAAAUCCAUGUGUUGCCGAUAUUAUUUUCGCAGAACCACAUUUGAUUUUAAAUUUUACUCGUCUUCAAACAAUAAUUCUUGAUAAUGUACAAAAUAAAAAUUUUCACAAAUUCUUUGAUUAUUUAAUAUGUUUAACUACUCUUCAUGCAAUAACUAUUUCUUUUGCUGGAGAUAUUUCAUCAUUAGAUAUUAUUUUUUCUCAAAUAUUUCGUUUAUCGACAUUAAAAUAUUGUAAAAUUGAAUAUAAACUAUUAUUAUUAUCAUUUACUAAUUUUACUAAUUAUGAUUCUAGUUCAAUAGAAUAUUUAAUAAUAAAUGGUCAUCUUCCAUUUAAUGCACUCCAUAAUUUAUUAUGUUGUCUUCCUAAACUUCAACAUUUAUCAAUUAGUUGUCUUGAUAAAUUUGACUAUUAUCAAGAAAGCAACAAAUUAUCUUCUAUUCAAUUAAAAUAUUUAAAACAUGUUUCUCUUAAACUUAAUUAUGUAGAUUUUGAUGAAUUUGAAAAAAUUAUUAAAGAAUUUUUUUAUCAUAUUCAAAUUUUACAUCUUACAAUAGUGUAUGGUGAAACAUAUUUAGAUGGUAAACGAUGGCAACAAUUAAUCUUAUUUCAUAUGUCAUAUUUACGUAUAUUUUAUAUUAAUCAUCAAGGCUAUGUGAACAAUAAUAAUUUAAAAUAUCAUGAUAUAAUUAAUCAGUUUAAUUCUUCGUUUUGGAAAGAAAACAAAUGGUUUUUUACACAUCAACAUCAAUGGAAAUACCGAUUAGAUACUGGAAUUUUUUAUUCAAAUGUUCCAUAUCGGUAA